AUGCAGAAACCCUCAACGGACGGCGACGCUGUGCAGCAUGGCAAGAUCUUCUCUGUCUCCGGACCCGUCAUCGUUGCGGAGGAAAUGAUUGGUGUUGCUAUGUACGAGUUGGUCAAAGUUGGCAACGAUCAGCUAGUAGGAGAAGUCAUUCGAAUCAAUGCCGAUCAGGCAACUGUCCAGGUCUACGAGGAGACCGCUGGUGUCAAGGUUGGCGACCCCGUCUUCCGAACCGGAAAGCCUCUGUCCGUCGAGCUCGGCCCCGGCCUUCUCAACAACAUCUACGAUGGUAUCCAAAGACCUCUCGAGAAGAUCUCCUCCAUGUCCCAGAGCAUCUAUAUCCCGCGAGGCAUCGCCGCCCCUGCCCUCGACCGCGAGAAGAAAUGGGACUUCACACCGUCCGUCAAGGUUGGCGACCAUAUCUCGGGAGGCGACGUCUGGGGUACCGUCUACGAGAACUCCUUCAUCACAGUCCACAAGAUCCUCUUCCCUCCCCGGGCUCGAGGAACCAUCACCAAGAUUGCCUCCAAGGGUAGCUACACCGUCGACGAGAAGAUCCUGGAGGUCGAGUUUGACGGCAAGAAGAGCGAGUACGGCAUGAUGCAGACUUGGCCCGUCCGAGUGCCCCGACCUACCACCGAGAAGCACUCCGCCAACAAGCCCUUCCUGGUUGGCCAGCGUGUGCUUGACGCUCUGUUCCCCUGUGUCCAGGGCGGUACCGUUGCUAUUCCUGGCGCUUUCGGCUGUGGCAAGACUGUCAUUUCACAAUCUGUGUCGAAAUUCUCCAACAGUGACAUCAUUGUUUACGUGGGCUGUGGUGAACGAGGAAAUGAGAUGGCUGAAGUCUUGAAGGAUUUCCCCGAGCUAUCCAUCGAAGUCGAGGGCCGUAAGGAGCCUAUCAUGAAGCGCACGACUCUGAUUGCCAACACCUCCAACAUGCCCGUGGCUGCGCGUGAAGCUUCUAUCUACACUGGUAUCACAGUUGCCGAGUACUUCCGUGACCAAGGCAUGAAUGUCGCCAUGAUGGCUGACUCGUCUUCUCGAUGGGCCGAGGCGUUGCGUGAAAUUUCCGGUCGUCUGGGAGAGAUGCCUGCGGACCAAGGUUUCCCCGCUUAUCUUGGUGCCAAGCUCGCCUCCUUCUACGAGCGUGCUGGUAAGGUCCAGACGCUAGGCUCGCCAGAGCGUGAGGGUAGUGUUAGUAUCGUCGGCGCCGUUUCACCGCCCGGUGGUGAUUUCUCAGAUCCUGUCACCAGCUCUACGCUCGGUAUCGUGCAGGUCUUCUGGGGUCUCGACAAGAAGCUGGCUCAGCGAAAGCAUUUCCCGUCGAUCAACACUGGCGUGUCGUACUCCAAGUACACCAUGAUCCUGGACAAGUGGUACGAGAAGGAGUACCCUGAGUUCCCGAGACUUCGUGACCGCAUCAAGCAGCUACUAUCCGACUCCGAGGAGCUGGACCAGGUCGUGCAGCUGGUCGGCAAGUCGGCGCUGUCCGACCCCGACAAGAUCACGCUCGACAUGGCGACGCUGCUCAAGGAGGACUUCCUGCAGCAGAACGGCUACUCUGACUACGACCAGUUCUGCCCCAUCUGGAAGACCGAGUGGAUGAUGAAGCUCAUGAUGGGCUUCCACGACGAGGCCCAGAAGGCUGUCGCUCAGGGCCAGAGCUGGGCAAAGGUCCGUGAGGCUACCCAGGAUCUCCAGGGCCAGCUGCGAAGCUUGAAGUUCGAGGUGCCGAGUGAGGGCGAGGAGAAGAUUUGCAAGAAGUAUGAGGGCAUCCAGCAAACCAUGUUAGACAAGUUUGCGUCUGUGAUGGACGAGUAG